GUUGCCGUCUGGAGCUUGGAGCCCAGAACGUCCAGUCCAGGGCACGGUGAGGACUCUGGAGGACCCGCCAGGCCAGGGCUGGCGUGGUCACUGCCGCCGCUAAGGGGGGCCCGGGCGCGCUUGCUCACUGAUCGGCCAGCUCCCGGCCAGCUGUGCAGACGGCUGGACCAGCAACAGCAGCGAGGACUCCAGCGCGGGCGGUAGCAGCGACAUCAUGGAUCUCUCCUUUAUGGCUGCGCAGCUGCCCAUGAUGGGAGGCGCUUUCAUGGACUCACCCAAUGAAGACUUCAGCACUGAGUACUCCUUGUUUAACUCUUCCUCCAAUGUCCACGCGGCCUCCAAUGGCCAGGGCCAGCUGGAAGAGCCUCCCCGGUCCUCCAAUGAUGCCGUCUUGCUGUGGAUUGCCAUCAUAGCGACACUGGGGAACAUUGUGGUGGUGGGGGUGGUGUAUGCCUUCACCUUCUGAGAGAACAGGAUGAUGGGUAGCCACAGCUCGGCUCACCCUGUGUUGGGCUUACCAUGGGUUCGCGCUCUGCACAUGGCACUGUCUUGCUGUUGGCCCUUGGCUAUUCCUAUGUUCUAAAACCAGGAAUUCUGACCACUUGAAUGGCCUCUAGGGGCAGCAUCCAUGCAAUUGGAAUUUCCCCCAGGCUGCCCUGAUUUCUAAUAUUCCAUGCUGUGGUCAAGCUGAUUCAGAAAACAGGGAAGUAGGGGCUUCCUGCCCCUGGAGGUGUAACGGAGCAAAGCUUUCAAAGAGCAGCUUGGGGAAUUCUUGAAGCUGCAUUCCAAGAACAUGAGACCAGAUGGAACAGUUAGGUGGAUGUAACAUAUAGCUGUGAUUUGAUGACCACUUGCUGGUGGUAAAUAAUCAUUCACGUGUCUUGUGUUUGUACAAACUUAUCAAACCUUGUGUACAGGGUGCCGGUGCAAGAGUGGCUCUUAGAACUUCAGUGUUCCCAGCCCAGUCUCAGCUCCAUAUUCAGCCCAUUGGCAUAUUGGUGGCCACCAUGUAGGGCCACAGGACAGUCUUAAUUUGACUUGAAAAUGGCACCCACGUCAUCAGACACCUGGCCUCUUAUGAGGCCCAGACAUAUCAGAAUACUCGUUACUAGUAACAUGCUGGGGUUCCUGGGGGUGUUGGUGGUGGCUUUUAUCUUCUGGAUGGAUUCUCUUCUUAUUGAGGAGAGGAAAGGAUAUCUUUAAAAACUAGAUCUGCCAAGCAGUGAGUUCCUUGGGCUACCCACAUGAAGAUGCUCUUUCUUCUUUGAGGGACCUCGAAUUUUAGAGAUGAAUAAGCUUGUGUCCACAGAAUUCUCUGGAGAGGGGCGUGAUUUGCCUGUGGUCAAAUGGCAGCUUAAUGGGGGCAUCAGAAUAGAAGGAUAUUUCCUAACUCUGGGCUCAGCACUCUCCCUGCCCCCAUCUGCAUGCUCUCCUGAGCAGGCCCUGCCUUCAAGGAUUUAGGACAGUGACACUACCUUGGGGAGAUCACCCACGGGGUCUGGAAGCUGGAUGCAAGAUCCCAGGCCAUGCACAUACCUACAUUGUACACUCGUCUUGGACACCAUGCACUCUUCUGCAGUUGUGAAUAUGCUUCUGCUCCAGCCAGUUUUCUUAAAUUCUUAAAAAAUCCAUGUCUGAGGGUCGUGGCAAGCAAGGAAGCUCCCAAGUAAAGACCAGAGCGGUCUGGGGAGCAGCACUUAGGGAAGGCCACUGCAUGCACCCCUGUCCUUACUGCGAGGCAGCCCUCCUGUGCAAACAGGAGUGGAAAGGAUCUCCGCAAGGGGCUCACUUGCCUACAGCUGCAGAGUGGCUCACUUUUCUCCCUACACCUCAAAACAAAAAGACAGAUGGUAUAAAUGUCUUUCCUUGGUAGAGAAACUUUAAAGACUAUUAAGAAGCCCGUGGUUGUAUUUGGGGACAAUUGCAAAAAGGCCAAAUUUGCUACUGCAGUCUCAGGAGAAAUGAAUGUUCUUGAUGACAGGCAAAGAGACAUCUUAAUUGUCCAGAGGUGGCACUCAACUCUUGGAGCUGCUAUGGUAACGGGAUUGUUGCUCACAGCGCCAGCUCUUACUGGCCACAUCUGUCACCACUGCCACGUGUCCAUGAUCUAGUACUUCAGCUCAAGUGGUCAUGGAUGCAGAAAAGCAGCCCUACCUUGGCUCUGAGGAAGAAGGGACGUGGACGUCUGCCUGGGACUCCUUCUGGCUAGGCUGAGCAGUCAGCUGUUGGGUGGAUGAUGUUCAUCCUGGCUGCUUCUCUAGCAAACUUCAGGUCUGCCCCUGCACAGGGACUUUAGUAAACAGUUGUCUCCAUGACAGAACCUUAGGAGAGAAGUCCGGAGCCAGGGAGGAGGCCAUGACGUCUUCAUGAGGAUCACGCCAGCCCACACCUGAUUCUUUACUUUCUGGCUCCACAUCUCCAGGAGGACCUGCAGCCCCAGAAAGAGGCAGGCGGAAGCUCCCUGGUCUCCAGGUGGCCUAAGAAAAUGGCGGUAGGGAGAGAGGGCUCCGUGUGCUGACAGAGGGAAGAGGGCAGCAGGCAGAGGAGGGCUUCUAAUGCUGAUGAAGACCACGGUCCCAGCCCCCGAGUACUUCUGACUCCAGGAAUCUCCCCUAUGACACAUCCCUCAGCCCCUGGCAUAAAUGUCAGUUAAAUUUGAUGCUCGAGUCUCUCUCCCUUUUCAGUGUCAGCCACAGGUGGUCAGGCUCAUUGGGGUCCACCUUGUCUACACUGCAGUAUGCAGAUGGCAGGGAUGGGCUCAGGGUCACUCCAUCUGUCUCCGGUGGUUCUCCAGCAUUCCUCACCUAACAGCGAGGACGGAUGUGCCUGUUAGUGUCCACUUCAGGAGUAGAGGAUAGAUUUUCUCCCUGGGAGUGAGCUAUAGUCUCCCUCCUGCCUCAGCUGUUACCGGAGGGGAGGACAGGAGCCUGACCUCUUUGCUUGAGUGUUGUGUUCAGGUACUGGUAGAGUCACAGGCAUGUACCUAAUCCUUACAAUCACCCUACAGAGUCACUGCUCCAAUACACAGAUAAGGAACCUUAUCUGUGAGGCUCAGAGGAGUGAAGUGACUUUCCUGAGGCCACACAGCAUGGAGUGAUGAGCUAGGAUUUGAACCUGGGCUCUAAGCCAGGCUCUUUCUGUCACUCCAUGCUUCCUUCUGUGGCUGGGUGGCACCUCCAGGGCCUAUUUGAACCAGACCCUGUAUCUGCAGAGGCCGUUUCUCAAGGGGCCAUGCCAUGAUUUGGCCUUGGCCACCUCUGGUUUCCACAGGUCCCUGAUCGUCCUCAGAAUGAGACACACUCAGCCCCCUGCCUCAUGCCCUCUCUGCCCAGACUUCAAGGGUGGUGGUCCCUGAUACCCGAUUGAACUCAAUUCUCCUUGUGAGGCCCCAGUGAAGUUCCCAGAGACCAGUUUUCUGGGGAUACACGCAGAAUGAGACCCCAGCCAGGACUCGGGAACUCAAUAGAAGCAUUCACCCAGAAGCUCAUGUAGCCAGAAUUGGGAUCAAGAGUCGUGGGAUGGUGCUGCUUUGCAAGUUGACCCUGGCCUGGGCUCAGGCCUUUCUUUGGGCUCCAGGACUCUCCAGAGUAGGGCAGUCAGAGAUGCCCCCUGGCUUUUCCCUGGGUGAGGUGGGCCCCAGCACCCACUUGAUUUGAAUAGUCAGUGUGGAGGAAGGAAGGGGCUGGCCCCUUCUAUAGCUGCCCCUCAGGGGAGGGCUCCUGCAUGUGCUGGGAUCUUCUCUGUGUUUGCCCCUCCAUGUGCCCCUCACUUCUCCUCUGCAAGCCCAAAUGGUGUCCCACAUGUGUGUCUGCGUGUGAGAUACUUCUAAAUCAGAACAGUGAGUGACUUGCUGCUUUGGAAGUUGUGAGUUGCCUUUGAGGAGAGGCUAGAAGCCGCUUCAGCCAGGCCUGUCCUAAGGGCGUUUGUGCUUCUUCAGGGCCAGACCCCUUUCUACCUUGCAUUGUUGUUGGACCUUCCCUUUCUUAUGAAAUCAAGGUCAAGAGGCAAAUGAGACUCCCCACCCCACCCCCAGAGAGAAAGUAUUUUAUCUCCUUGUAUGUCCCCUAGGAUGGCGAACAGGUAGUAGUGCUUGGAGGGAGAGGCAGCAGGCUUUUCUCCAGCCCAUGUUCAAGUGCAAGGCUUGGAAGCUUGCUCAGGCCUUGGCAGAUACCAGGAUCGGCCCCUGGAGACUGGAGAGACCAGGCCACCUCUGUCUGCUGUCAUUACCGCUACCUGGUUCCAUCAAGACAAAUGGUGUUUUCCCUCUCCAGGAGCACCAUCUGCCUGCAUUAUUAGCAGUGAUAUUACUUAUUAUUCUUCCGGCUGCCGGGUUUGCACACUUGUGUUGUGUGCUCUGUGUCUCAUUUAUUUCUCAAGUCACCCCAAGGGGGCAGGAUUGAGUGUGCAGAGAAGUGCACAUAAAUUACUGUGCCAUUUUUCUGUUGAGAAAACUGAGGUUGGAUCAUUCACCUGAUUGCUUGCAGCUAAGGAGCUGUGUACAGACCAAUUUCUGUCACAUUAGAGGCUGGGUCCAUGCCCCACACCACUCUGUAUCCACGCCCUUCAUUUUGAGCCCUCUGAAAUGGACCAGCAUAGGGCCCAGGCAUGGGGCCUCAGAGGCUGAGGCUGAGGUUUGGUCCUGGGGAACUUGUAGUCAGACAGUCACAUCCCAGUGUAAACCCUGGAAAGGGGAGGGCUUUAGUGUACAUUCAGAACCUCACAGUGAUAAGUUUAUAGAGCAUCUAAUCAGGACCUUUCAUAUUUGGAGAGUGGAUGAGACUGCAUGGAAAAUGAGUGGAGAGCUGACAGUCUGCAUGCCUGACCCAGGGCUCAUCAUCUGGGUCAUGUGUGUUUGCCAGGAAGCAAAGGGAUUACCCUGGAUUACCAGCUCAGCCUUGAGAUGGCUCGUGUUCUCUCUGCCAGCUGCCACCUGGGCCCCUCUGCUGCAUCCUGACAGAUGUCCAUUGAUUGCCCCUAAAUGAAUCCCAGGGUGCUCUGAGCUACUGUGAUGGGGAGGCCCACAGAGCUCUGCUCAGGGAGCCAAAGGGAACAGUCAUGCCUGGAUGUCCCACAUUCACCUGUCUCCACCCCUCCCACCCCGUGGUCAUUCAGUGAGAGGGAUAGAGGAGAAGGUGGGUGAGCUGCAUGCUGGAAACAGAGGGACAGAGCCUGUGGCCUCCAAGCAGGAAAAGGAGACUCCCUGAGAAACCCAGAUAACCAGAAUUAUAAUGGCACCAAAAUAUUCCCAAUGCAUUCUCCUGAGAUAAGAGCUUCAACAUUUACUGAGGGUUGUCCGUUUGUCUGUUUGUUUGUUUGUUUGUUUGAUGGAGGGGUCUUGGGAAGGGCAGGUGACAAGGAACGAAAUAAUGAUGCAAACUCUAGUGAUUGAAGAAGAUAAAGGGUUCCCCCAGAGUGAGAAAAUGACAACUGUCUGAAGCAUAAAGGUAUAGUCAGAAGUACGCAAAAUUGACCACAUAAAUUUUGAGAUAGAAGUCUAUGUUGUUCUUACUGUAAAUAUCACAGAUUUUUUUUUAAUCAAGAUAGAAAAUAAAAGCAGAGAAUGACUCAGACACUUGCUCUUGGAGAGGCUGCACAGGCAGCAGGGUAACUGGGGUCCUGCACAUCAAUCUUUUGACCACGGUGAUGGUCUUGUGCCUGUUCAGACCACCCCACCCCUACAUUUCUAAAGCUCAUCAUCCAUUCCUGUGUUCUUGACUUCCUGCCUCCCCUAUAGGGGGUUUGAGCUCCAUCUGCCUUGGUAAUAAAUCCCACCAGACACACUGUGUUUACCAGGAACUUGUCUGCCUCAGUUAUUGGGGAACCGGACCUCAGCUCACCCCAGUCCCUGUCCACAUGGCUGAGCAAGCCUAGGUGACCCCUCAUCUGUCUCACCGGCCGUCUUUCUGCCAAUGUCUUAAUAAAACCAGAGAAUUGCCAUGUUUGCAAUUCUAAGCAUUGUCUGCCAAUCCAGACGAUGAGGGCUCUGCAAGCUGGCAGGAAGGAAGCUCCCAACUUAUUAUCUCAAAGGAACUGAGUCUGCAAGGGGGUUGGGAGUGUUGCCAGGUGGAACUGGUCAGCAGGAGAGCAAGGUCUUUAGCCCAAGAUGCCUAACUAAGUUUUCACUAGGAAAUUUAGUGGUUGAUUCCAUUAGGCCAGUGGUUCUCAGUCGAGGGGCAACAGAUGUUGGCAAUGUCUGGACACAUUUUUGGCUUUUGCAGCUAGGUGAGGAGGGCUACUGGCAUCUAGAGUGUAGAAGCCAGGGAUUUGGUGAACAUCCUCUAAUGCACACACAGGACAGCCCCCCGUAACAAAAGAGUUAUCCAGCCCCCCAAAUGCCAAUAGUGCCAGAGUUGGGGAACCUUGCACUAGGCCAUACCAUCUCUGAUUCCAAAACCAUUCAUGUUUUCCAAAGCUCCACUUUUCCCCUUUUGUGAGUCAUUGACUAAGUCAACGCUCUUCUAAGCAACAGCAGUGAUCAUGGCUACUGCUCCAAGCUCAAGUCAUUCCAAGUGAGGGCAACAAUCUGGAACUCCCAGCAGGUUAGAUUAGUCUUCUAGAAAUCCAUGUGGCUCUAUUUCUGCCAUCCUGUGCUUUCAUGGGGACUCCCACCCUUCAAAUUCAGUGGGAGGGUGAGGCUGAGCUUGCCUGUACCAGUAACACUGUGCCUCUGGAACCUCCAGGCCCUGGCUGCUCACCAGUGCACUGAGAGAAACCACCUGUAGUGGAGCAUAGGAAUUGGGUAGGGCUGAGGGACAGCUCUGGGUAACAGCAUAGGAAUUGGGUAGGGCUGAGGGACAGCUCAAGGUAAUUUUCGGCAUCUUCUCAUGUUUCUUCCCUAUUUCCCUGUUGAAGGCAUACUAAUGUUGUUUAUAUUGAAACUUUUGCAGAAACCUUAUUCUUAUAACUCACCACUCUCUAGAUACUAAUUCUUCAUGCUAAGAGAAACAGAAAUGUUUCCGUGUCUUACUGAUGUUUUCAUAAUCAACUUGUAACUGUACGCUGUUUACUUCAUAAAAAGGUACUUUAUUCUUGUAAUCCUUUGCUCCUCAAGCACCUGGUUUCACCGUGAGAUCACUGACUUUUGCUAUACUAAAAAGACUCUUUCUUAAUGUAGGAUUUCAACGUGCUCUUUUGAUUAAACAUAUCUAACGUGAACGAUGUAAAAAUGUGAUUGCGUGGUCUUCUUUGUCAGCACUGUUGCUGUUGUUGUCAUUUUCUAUUAUGGUAAUUGAAAAAAGAAAACUUGAACUCCUUG